AUGGCACGUGCAGGAGGAAUAACAAACGCAGUAAACGUCGGAAUCGCAGUUCAAGCAGAUUGGGAAAAUCGUGAAUUCAUCUCUCACAUUUCCCUCAAUGUUCGCCGUCUCUUCGAUUUCCUUGUUCAAUUCGAGGCUACAACAAAGAGUAAGUUAGCAUCAUUGAAUGAGAAACUUGAUGUAUUGGAGCGGCGUUUGGAAUUACUUGAAGUUCAAGUUGGAAAUGCUUCGGCAAACCCUUCUCUUUUUGCAACUUGA